AUGGCUGCAGGAGGCUUUUCCAGUUUGAAGAUCUUGCCUUCGGCUCAAGAUGAAACCGACAGGCAGUAUUCCAGCAGUACCGUCGCUUCUGCCAGUGGCGGCGAAAGCCUCUCUACUCCGGACACCCUCUUGCUUCUCCCCACUCCCCAGCCACAGCAAGAAGUCAAAUCAGAAGUUUCAGCGGCAACAACAGCGAUUGAAACAGCCCCGCUUAGCUGGAAACCGCCUGCUGCAGUGCAGUGCAACCUGGGGAGCCCCCACGCGAGGCCCACCGGGACUCACGAGGAGGCUGAGGACUGCAGCAACAACCCGCAGACUUCGUAUUCCCCCUACAGCCUGCGCCGUUCCAGUAGCAGGAUUGGGCCCAGCGGCAGCAGUGCUACAGUUGGGAAUCCAGCUGCAUCUUCUCUCGUAAGCCUUCCCAGUGCCUCGCGGCCGCAGCCCUUGUCAGUUUGUUUACCUUCUAGCAGCAGCAACAGCAGCGGUAACGGCUGCUUGAACAGCCCUUCUCGUUUGCGCGUGCCCACAGCGGAGCACCAGCAGAAGCAGCAGCUACUACAACUACCGCAGGACCAGCCUCUCGAAGAUCAGCAGCAGCUGCUGGCAAAGACACGCUUUCUCCGCCGCAGCACCAGCAGCAGCAGCAGCAGCGAGCCUCAAGAGGCGCUACAAAAAAUUAUACAGUGCUAUGUGGAGAUAUCAAGGCUGGCAGAAGAGACGCACGCUGCUGCUGAGGGGCUACUGCGCCACGUUAGGAACGGCAAGCAGCUUCAGCAGCAACUGCAGCAGCAGCAGCUCCACUUUGCAGCUGCUCUUGGCAGAGUUGACUCCUUCGCUCAUUCUCUGCAGCAGCUGCAACAGCUUGCUAGGCAAGAGGAACAUCAGCUGCAACAGCUGCAACAGCAGCAAAAACAACGCAACUGGAAACUCAUGGACCAGUGGUCAUCUGGGGAAAUUGAGAUGCAGCAACAGCUGUUGAAAACGGUCCUGCAAAUUGCGGCAGCAGACGCAAAGCAUCUGGAUGAACUAAGAGACGCCUGGAUACAGCUUACUUGCUUGUGCGCGCUGCCACGGACACUUGCCGAAGAGGCGGCGGAAAUAACGCAGGCACGAUUCACCGAAGAGACAGAAGCAGACAGUCUGGUUGAUACGCUGUCUGGAGAUGGGUCACUUGCUAAAAGAAUUGGGUUUACCAAAGAGAAGGCCCCAAGCCUGCUACUGCUUUGCCUUAUGCUAGAAGCAGACGAGCUAGCAGGGUGGGUUCUUCAAUGGAUUGAUGCAUGCAUGCCCAUCGCAGCAUCUCCUGCAGAAACGGGCUGUUCAAACGAAGGAAGAGGUCCUGAUUGCAAAGACAGCUCAAGAAACGGCAGCUGGAAUCCUGCUGCGGAAGCAGUAGCAGCGUUUAGUUCUGGCGUUGCAGCAGCGCAGAAGGGCAUGCAGCCCGAAGCAGCUGUCUAUACGUCAGAGAUAUAUGCUCUCUUGAGGCGGCGUUUGCUGCGAAUCCGCGCCUGCAGUCAUCAGAGUAGCAGCCGCAGCAAGAUACCGAAGCCUUGUGGCAGCCGGUCUGCUACAGCCUCUCCGCCCCACAGCAUGCAGCAAGGAUCGCACAGAAGCAGCUCUCCGAGCACCGAGGACGCCCUUCUUUUGGAACGUCAGCAACACGAACAAUACGUAACGACUGCAGCAUCCGCUCCCGCUGCUCCUGACGAGGCGCAUUCGGCUGCUGCUUCAGGUCCAGGGGAAGGAAAAAUUGGCAGGAACCCCAAGCCUGUCGCAACGAGCAUCUGUCCCUCCCCAGCGCGCAGCCGCAGCUGCACUACGGAUACGCACGCUGCAAAGCCCACCUCUCACUGUCACAAGCAGCAGAACCAGCAACACAAUGGUGCAGCCGCUUCUGCUGCUCAGAGGUCUCCUAGUGCUUCUGCAGCUUACGCAGGUAGCAUCUUGGACAUGAUUAAGCCCCUGCUUGUAUCAGAAGAGGAAGCGCAGCUGGAAAGUCAAGUUAGGACGCAUGACUUGUUGCUACUGCAGCGGCAGCAGCAGCACCUGCAACACGUGUGGCAACCGCAGCAGCCGCAUCAGCAGCGGUUUAGCGAGCAGCUGGCUGACGUUCUGACCCCCUCACAGGUGUCUAUCACGUCUCCGCAAAAGCACCAGCCGUACAACGGCGCAGACCAGGCACUUCAGCAGCAAUUGCUACUCCUACAGGAGGAGGAACGGCUUCUGCAGCUGCAACAGCAGCAAUCACAGCAGCAGGCGGAUCGACAGAGUUUCGAACAACUGAUGCGCUCGCAGAUGCUUCCAGAGAUGCCCCACAUGCAACCUCCUAAAGGGCAUCCGGUCUUGCAGGCGAACGACACAGAGACAGCGCUGCACCGGGAGAUGAUGUUCUUGCACCAGAAAGAGCAGCAACUGCAGCAGCGUAGACUUCAGCUGCUGGCUAUGACCCAGGCAACAGCAGCUGCUACGGCCGCUGCGAAGCCGAGACGCAGCGGCCGACGCGUGGCUUCUCCACGAAGAAGGCAGUUGUCAAUGAGACGGCGCCAGCAGCAGGCUGGUGUGUUUGCUGCAGUUCCCCCCAAAAGCAGCAGCAGCAGCAGGUCUCCCAGUUCUCGAGUGUCAACAGUGAAAGAAGAGAGGGAAGUGUCGCCCCAGCAGUGCAGGCAGCAGGCGAGUGAAACCAAAGCGAAACCUCCACCAGCAGAAAGAAGGAGCAGGAGUGUUGCGGCUAAGCCUGCAGCUGUGGGGCCGCGCUACAGCAGCCCCCAGCAGCACCAAGAGCAGGAACAGCGGGCCCUGAGAACUGUGUCAGCUGCCCAUCUGACGAAGCAACAACAGGAGCAUCUGCAGGAGCAACAACAGCACCUGCAGGAGCAACAGCAGCACAUGCAGGAGCAGCACCUGCAGCUGCAGAAGGAUGAGCAGCAGCAGGAAUCCGAGAAAUGUUCUGCUUUGGAUCUGACUCUUCAGCGGAUCUUCAGAGUUCCUGCAACAGAAAUCCGGGCGCAGAAGCAGGAAAGUGCAGCUGCAGCUGCUGCCGCUGCUGCUGCUGCCGCUGCUGCUGCUGUGCAAGCGGCACAGAGGCAGCAGCAGGGAAUGGGCGUCUCUAGCGAAGAGCGCAAGGCAUUGGCAGAGAAGCUAAGGAGGCUGGCACAGCAGCUGCAGGAAGAUGAAGAGCUACAACAGGAGCAGCAAAUACCCAGCAAGCAGCAGCGGCAGCAGCAGCAGCAGCAGGAGCAUCACAACCAAAGACAGCAGCAGCACCAACAGCAGGUGUCGGAGAAACAAACGCUUCCGAACAUGAGCGUGCACGCAGACAGCUCUGUCGCUGCGUCAUUCCGAGCCAGGCGGACAAGCGGCAGCAGCAGCAGCUCACUUUGUACUGAACGGCUUGUUCCUUCACAGAAGCAGAUGGAGAGGCACCGAGAAGGCAACAGCAACUGGGGCAGGGGCGGGGCUGCAACGCCCGGACGAAAUCCAACGAGAGCAGGGAGGCCAGCAGAAGCAACAAAUAAAGCUGCGCAUGGCUCUGCCCUGUCUGCUGAGCAACUUCACCAGCCCUGCUCUCAACGCAGAGAAUUGAAAUCCCCUUACUGCGGGCAUGGCGUCGCCGCAGCAGCAGAGCUAGCAGGAGCAGCAGCCGAGGAGUCCGCAGCAAGCAGAAGCGCCGUUCCUCCGACAGCAGAGAGAGACCAGCAAGCAAAAGUUCUUCAGGUGCUAGACAUCCUCAUGAGGCAGAUUGAGGCGUCUCAAGGUAUUGUUGCUGCAAGCGCGCCAACAGCAGCAGCAGCAGCAGUGGCAGCAGCAGCAGCAGCAGCAACGCAGAAAGGUUCUUCGUCGUUCUUUCCGGAUGACCUUUCAGAGGAACCUGAGAAAGUGGGCCGUUGGGCGGCGCAAGGGAACCCAGCAACACAAGCAGUGUCAGCGCUUGCAGCCCCAGGGGGAGCAGUAGCGUUACCAUCUAAAGUAGCAGCAAGACGUAUUCACGAGAAAACCCCCAGUGUUGCGGUGGGCGUAAGGCGGCAAGGACAGCAGCAGGGUCUGACAGUUUCGGGUGUAUCCGAGGGAGCAGAAGGCGCAGCGGAAGCAUCACCAGAACACGAGCAGCAGACUUUUCCUACUUCCACAUCAUCGCUCGCAGAAAGCAGUAGCUAUUGCAGCGGAGAAUCCACCCCUAGGCAUAAUGAGCCCUUAGUGGCUUCCGGAUCGUCAGUAGCAGCCGCAACCCGUCCAGUUUCCUUUAAACGAGAGCGGUCUGCAGGGACACCCAGGAGGCGGCAGCAUGACCCGUAUUCAGAAGCCGUGUUGCAGCUGCUGCACGACGAGAAACAGCACGAGAAGCAGCAGCAGCAGCAAAAGGCAGUCCGAAAAAACCAUCUUGCCUCCGCCAACAAAUUCCAGCAGCAGCAACCGCAACAAAAAGGGCCGAUUGCUACUUCCGCUUCCCCACAGCUUCCCUCCUUAUUCAAGAAGAAGGAUCAUUCUUUGCUGCAGCAGCACGUAGGUCCUGCACGGGCAGAGUCCCCAGAGCAGCACUCAGCAGCAAAACCGCCAACACCAAACGGCACUGGAGCAGCAUCCUUGGCAGACAAAAGAGGAGCUGCAACACAACCACAAGCAGCAGUAGCAGCGGCUGGGGGAGCCACAGCUGCGCUCUCUGUUGUGGGAAAAGCAGCAUCUGCAGAACUCAUCACUUCAAUAAAUUCACAAGGGCAACAGCAACAACGCCAGGAGCAGCACCCCUUUUGCGAAGCGCCAGCAAACAUUUCUGUAGGAAGUCCCUCGCCUACAUCCUCGGUCGGAGCAACAGCUAUCGCUUCGGCAUCAGUCACUCCAGCUAAAGCUGCUGUUGCACCAGCCUCAGAGUCUGAUAUAGCAGCAACUCCAAAGGCAGGUGUAGCUGCAGAAGCUGCAGAAGCAAAGACAGAAGCACCACCGCCAGGAAAAGCAACUGGCGAGAACAAGUCAGGUAAACAGCAGCAACAGCCUCAGGGAAAAGCAGUGCUUGCUGGGAAGACAGCACGGACCACCGACAGCAAGCGCCACACGCAACGCAACGCCAUCAGCAGCAGCAACAGCAGCAGCAACAACAAUAGCACUAACAACGGCAACAACAGCAACAGCAAUACCAGCAGCAACAGCUACAGCAACGGCAGCAGCAGCAACAGCAGAUCCGCCUGUUCCAAAACACUGUUAGCGAAGCGAUGCGCGGAGCAGCCAGAUGAGGCGGCAACUCAAACUGAGCAGUCGGUGCUUCAAAGGCGUGUACCUCAGCAGCAGUAUUCAAGGCCGCAAGAGCAGCAGAAGAGAGCAGCAGCGAAACCAACGGCAGCAGCAGCGGGCAAGCCAAGCGUAAGCACUAAUGCAGUCGCUUUUGCCCCUAGCUCCACGGGGCCCCAGCAACAGCAACGGCGAGAGCGGCACCUGCUGCUGCUGCAGCAGCAGCGGCAACGCUUGAGGCAGCAGCAGCAACUACAGCAGCAGCAGCAGCUAACUCCCCUGGAUGAGCUGAAGCUCCGGAGAAACAAAGUCAAGGAAAUGGCUCUGCAGCAAAGGCUAAAGGCUAGUGGAUUGGCGAAGCGCCUGCAACAUGAAGAGGAAGUUCCAGCAGAUUCGCCCACUAAGGAAUCUCCUGCGCCUCCGCGACCCUCUAUAAAGGAGUUGCUGCGAAGGAGAGACGCGCGCUUGAUGGCUUUCGUGCGGCAGCAGCUGAUGCUGCCGGAAGAUCCAGCUACAGAAGAACUUGCUGUUUUUAGGUCGCCUAACGUGGUGUUGCUAUCGAAAAAACAGCGCGAUUCUCUCCUCCAGAGCAACAACAAAGCAAACAACAGCAAGAGUCCGCAGCAGGAUCCGGAGCAGAACCCAGGGCAACAGCGGCAAGGGCAAGGAGUAUUGUGUGCGGGAAAGUCGUCUCGCGGUUGUGGUGAGGUGGCUAACCUCUCCUUGACGCUACUUCAAGAAGAGGCACAACAGCAAGAGAAGCACGCCAGCAAGGGAACGCCUCUGCUGCUCUCGGCUCGUAGUCCAGGAGCAGCAGCUGCUGCUGCAGCUGCGGCGGUGUUGAUGCUGCCAGCCCAUCCAGUCUUCCCGUGCAGCUCCAGCAGCACUACGCCUCCCCCGUCAGAGCACCAUCAACACCUGGUGAAUCAGCAGCGGGAAAAGUGCUGGUCUGAUGCAGCCUUUGGUGCUGCCGCAACAGCACCAGCGGCUGCUUCUGCGGCGGCAGCAGCAGAAAAUCGGCUAUCUUCAAAACAAGUUAUCAGCGCAGUCGCAACUCCUCGAAGCUGCGUUGAAACGUUUCCCCUAACUCCUAUGGCCGUUGGUUCAGGACCAUCCGGGCAAGCUGCCGCUGCUUCUACACCUGCUGCUACUGCUGCUCCCCACAUAGGACAGCGCCUGGAGGCAGUCAAGCAGUGCGCCAACCGCGUCCGUGAAGCCCUUCGCCUUGAAAGCAAAAUAUCAGCACUGCUUACUCACACAGAACGCAGCAGCAGGCGCAGCAGCUGCAGCAGCCGCAGCAGCAGCACUGACAAGCUGCUGGAUGGGCUGAAGGAAACGUUUGCAACUCCGCGACCAGCGGCCCCUAGGAACGAGAGCGUGGAGUUACCUCCUCAAUUGCAGCCCGGCAAUAAAAGCGGCCACAAGAAUAGCCUAAAAGUCAUUACUCCGCGGAAGGUGUCCACUGGUAGUGGCGAAUGGGUGACUUCUGCCACACAGGAGCACCUCCACCACAUUCAGGAACCGCUGCAAGAGCAACGACAGCAACAGCAAGCUCUGCCGCGCUAUGAGGAUAACGACUGCAGUUCCUCGAGCAGAGAAUCGUUUGUCCCCAGUGGACAAGGAACCCCUGGUCUCGUGACUCGGUCCCUGCAGUGUACGCCGAGAGCAUCAACUGACCGCAGCAGGAAUUCUAGAGGAGCCCAGCUGAUCAGCUCUGGAGCAAGUGGUCCCGUUGUCGUACUCAAUACAGCGACAGCAUCGAAUGCAGCAGCAAGUGCUGAAGCAGAAAAAGCAGCAGAAGAAACGGUUUCAACUAAGCAACAGGACAGAGUCGUUGUGCGUCUUUCUCUUGGUGGCUUGGCGUGUUCGUCCGUUUCGAAAAGUCCACGUGCUGCCGCCGCCCAAGCACAUGAUACAUUUAAGCAGGAAGAGCUGCACAAGAGACAUCUGGAAAAGGACCCACCACCGCAGCAGCAAAUGGAAUCCGCGAGAAGGAAUUCAUUUGUGCAUUCUCUCAAGGCUAGAGCAGAUGCUUAUCGCGACCAACAGCAACAGCAACAGCAACAGCAAGACGGAAUCCCCAUCACCCCCAAGAGCAGCAUAUUCAGGACAGCAAUUUCACAAGCCUCUAGCAGCUCAAGUUGCAGCUCGCUAGUGAGCAGCACUAGCAGCAGCGGCAGCGCAGCAACAGGUGCGGCGCAUUGGCCCCAGAAGGUGUUAGCGAAGUUGCCCCCGGAAGUCGACCGUUCAGCGGGUGGGACUGGCUGCGCUGAACGACGACUGGAGGCUCCGAGGGAGGCUUCUGCAAGAGGUGCAACCCGCCUAAAUCAUGACGAUGAGGGGGAUGAUAGAGAAAUGGAGCUGUUGCUAUCGGAACAGGCUCAGUGCUCUUUUAACGAUUGGGUGAGGUCCCCUAUGCAGUGA